CCUGCUCUCCAACACAACAUUCGGUUCCCAGCACCUGAGAAAUGCGUUUCCUUCCUCGCCUGGUUGUUUUGGCUGCCCUGGGCAUUGCCACCUUCUUGAGCUGGAGGCUGCUUCUUCAGAGCACAGUCAUCGACCAAGGUGACCUGGUCGCCAAGGCAGAGGAGGACUUCACUUUGACACUGGACACCUUCCUUCAUGUUCAGCAGCUCAGGAAGAAGAGACUGAGAGCUUUCUGUAGCCGAUCAGGCAAUGCUACCGCGCUUCCGAAGAGCCGGGAGGAGAGAGCCCGCCUGCUCUCAAGUUUGAGGGUGAGCACCAAGCUGGACCUCCUCUACUGCCAAGUGCCAUCAACAGGGGUGGAGGAAUGGCAGGAGCUUUUAGAGAAACUAGAGGAGAAGGAAAACAUCACUGUCCCGGUGCUGCUUCCCUACCCUCGGCGGCACAUUUCAGAGGCGCAGCUGAGCGAGUUCAACCUGACAGAGGUAGAGGCUGUGCUGGCGUCUUACACCAAAGUGCUGUUCAUCAGGGACCCUUUCCAGAGGCUGAUCUCGGCAUUCAUGCAAGGCACGGGCAGCAGCCCUUCCUUCAGCAGCUUCGUUCAGGACGUUGUAGACAGCGGGCCGCACAAUGCCAGCGCGACUUGGAGACCACUCGUCAGCCUCUGCCAGCCCUGUCUUAUCCAGUAUGACUAUGUGGUGGCAUUUGGCUUCCUCAGGCAGGAGCUGGGUCAUCUGCUGCGGCGGGCCGGGCUGCCAGCAGACACCCUUCUCCCUGAGUUCACCGACACCCAAGUGCAGUGGACCUACAGCUGGUUAUCAGAGCAGAUGUUCAGCGAGCUGUCCCUCCAACAAAAGAAGCAACUGUCACAUUUCUACCGCUGGGACCUUUCUGCAUUCCCGUUUUCUAGCAGUUUGCUGACAGAGCUUCUCAGCACCCCGGAGACCUAGUAGCAAUAUGCUGGCUGGAGGGACUGCUUUGAAGGGUGUUAAUCCAAAUGCAAGCCCUUCCACAUAUGGGCUGAACAGACCCUUGCUCCACAGCUGCAUGUCAUGCUUGUCCAUGUCACAGCUCCAUAAGGCACAUCGGAGAGCUGAGUUAGACUGUGGUUGGGGUCAGGGUAUCAUGGCUCUUCACAUGGCUGAAUUGCAUUCAAAUACUGCAGGAGCAGGUGCUGGGGAAACGUGGCUUUGAGGCUGUGAAAAAUGCAUGAACUGAAUUGUGGUGGGGUAAACACCUCUCAGCAAACCUCGUGUUUUGGGGUAGGUUGGGUCUGACCUGCUGCAAACCACACCAGCACCCUCAUGCUCUGCCUGCAUUGCCCUUCUAUUUUCUGGGCUGCCUUUUGAGCCAAGAAGUUUGGCAAUGGGUUCUUUGUGAUAAACCUCCCCAUACAGGUAUAAGAAGCCCUCGUAAAGAAGCCUAUUACCUGAUGUCUGUCCACUCUGCACAAGUAGGUGAGAUACAACACAGAGUGGCACACCCUCCUGGGGAACCACUGGGGAUGAUCCCAAUCCUUCACACUCUGGGAAGGCCAGGCCCAUCUUUUGGUCAUAUCUCUUCUGUGUAAACUGUUCCUGUUUAUGUGACCCUGCAUCUCCUGCAUGUUUAGGCUCAAGAGAGCCCCAGGCAUGUGACAUGAUGCCUGCUCCAUUUGCAAGUUUUGAGUGAGGUUCCCCACUUCAGGGGCUGGCUCAAAUGGACCAAGCCUGGCUUUCACCUGUACUCACCAGCAGCGAGACAAGGAUAAGGCAUUCUGGACCAGGCACCAGCCACACCACCUUGUCUCAGCAGCUGGUGGGCCCAGUGGAGGUGGCCAGAAACAUCAAGGAUGCAUCACUCUGCUGCUGUGGGAAAUGUGAUGUGACUAAGCUCCUCCUGCAGAAAGCUGCUGAGGUCUCUGCCUUCUUUUGGACUUGGUUGCCAGGGUUGCCUGGGUAGAGACCUGGGCUCUCCAGCUGGGCCCCCUGCCCUGUCUGGCUGGGUGGUCCGGAGCAACCACCCAGCCUUGGCCACUGAGCUGAUUUGCCUCUGGGAAGGGUCCCAAAUGCCAAGGAUGAGCUGAAGUUGUCCAGGUUUCAAAUUGUGACAGACUUUCACCAUAGCAGACUAGUUUCCAGAAUAUUUUUUUAGUUUUAUUUUGCAAUGUUGUGACCUUCACAGAGGAUUCUGCCUGUGACAAAGACACUGAUUUGACAAUGCUCAUUACAGAACGUUAGUGUGAAAACUGUUGAUUAGAAGUGACCUAAAACAAUCACCAAAAACUUGGCCUCCCUCUCUCAUCAAGGGAUAUGCGAUAAAUAGCAUUAAAACACAAAAUGGGGCGGCCUCCUUUCACCCUCCCACAAAGUAUCCAGCUACAGUAACAAUUCCUUAAGUGCUGUUAUUGUGCGUAAUAUUUUACAGUCCAGCAAGAUGGCGCAGUUCCUCUUCUGAGGACACACAUCUGGACGGAGAGAAGUGGCAAAUCUCCAAAUACACUUAACAUUAGAGUCACGCGUCCAUGCUGCAUUUCACUGAAUGUACUAGGAAAGGAACGUUUUUCUCUUCAUAAGUAGCUUUUCUGUCUUCUGCAACUGCAAGCUGAAAUGCCGAGCAGCGAGCUAUGCGUGAAGAGAUCUGACACGGCACCUCAGAGAGGACUGUGCUGUGCACUCAUGACAGCAGAGCUGUUCCUGGACCACGUUUUAAGUCAGGCAAUAUUACGGCAAUAUUACAGCAAUAUCUCCUCUUCCUCCCAGCCCGUAGUGGGUCCCAGUCCUUCCCUAAGGUAUCUGGCACUUGUUUCCAUGGGAAAGUGAUGUAUGAAAUGUUAAGACACUAGAGGUGAAAUCAAAAUCUCAGCUUCGUGUUCCUUCAGGUUCCUGUUCUACCUGCAGCCCAGCCAGGUAUUGCAUUGAUCUCCCUGUAAAUUCCUGUUAGUCUCCAAGCUUCCCUUUUUCCUACACCCUCCAAAACAGUCUCUGUAAUUAUUUUGUAACCAUAAUUUUGUACUGUUUUCCACCACCCCCUCCUCCUCUCUGGUAUUUUAUAUUGCCUACAUUCAAUUCCAGUGCACCCCUAAUGGAAGAUGUUUCCUCCUUCCAUCAGCCAGUGGCUGUGGAAGGGUAAUAAGAGGGCCCUGGGGUGGGGUGGGCUUGAGGACAAAGACUGGUUCCCAGGAAACAGUUGAUCACUGAUGAUGCAGCAAAAGUGGCUCCACAGGCUAAAGUGUGCACUGAACUAGCGUGCUCUGACCAUUGCAUAUACAGAUAACUUGGCAAAUGCACAUCAAAUUAAUGUACAAAGUGAAAACCAAAAGAGAGACUUGACAAAUUUUGUUUUAAAAAAAAAAUCACCUCACCAGGCAUUCAGUGUGGCUACGUGAGACAUCACAAACCCAUUCUGAAAUGAUGAAAAAGGUGCUCCCAGAACCAUGGGGGACACAGAGCACUUGCUCCUCCUGUCAGUGACAUCCUGCCAUGUCCCAGGACUCUCACAGGGAGAAGGUCCCCGUGAAUGCUGGCAGCUUUCUCCUGAGACAGCGCUGGAAGCUCCUCGAUAUCACACUCUUUGCCUGUAGCUCCCCAUGUUCUGCAUUAGCACACAUGAUGUCCCCUUCAUAGCACUCUUGGUCUGGUUUGAAUGAGCAGGUCCGGUGAUCCCAUGAGGCCAAACGCGGCAGAAACAGUGCUGAUACCUGUCUGCCUUGCAGAAUUUGCAUUUUGUAUCCCUCCCCAGACAUUUUAAGAACAGGAAUACACAGGCUCCAAUAGCUGUUCUUGCACACAAAUGAUCACAUUUUCUUCUCUAAGAGGUUUUUUUAUAUAUUGCCAUCUUUCGGGUGAAAACAAAAAUGUUUUCUUGCCCAGUACCUCAGAGCUUAAGAAACAACAGUAUCAUAUUUCAAUUAAUGAAACAAUUACAUAGCAAGCCCAGUGGGCACAAAAUACUUUCUGCAACUCA